GGCAUCACCACCUCAAAAAUGGCACCAGCUGCAGCCCAGAAUACAACUGCAGUAUUUAAACCACCACCUUCAACUCAAGUUCCUGUAGUUUCCACUGCUACAAGUCACCCUUCACCUGGGCAACCAACUACAAUUGUAACACCUAAAGCACAGCAACAGCAGCAGCCACAACCACCAGCAGCUCAACAACAACAACUACAGCCACAACAACCUAUACAGCAGCAGCAGCAGCAGCAGCAGCAGCAACAACAACAGCAGCAGCAGCAGCAACAACAGCAGCAUAAAAUUGCUCAGUCGCAGCCACAGCCACAGCAAUCAACACUUGGCCAAAAUCAAUUACAGCAGCCAAGGGUUACUGUGUCGUAUCCUAAUAUUCCCACACAAGUGCCUACACCAAUAAGGCAGCAGUCGAACAUCACCGCUUCAAGUGUUCCGUCAAGCUCUUAACCCACAAGGCAACACUCAGUCUCCAACUGCAGCAUUGAAAGCAGUUCAAGAAGUAGUUGAGAUUGCACAGGCAUCACAGUAUAAAAACCCACCGGUUGCCCAGGUAACCCCAAUGAGGUGGCCAGCAGAUCUGCAAGGGCCAAGAGUGGCUGGAAUCCAAGCAACUACAAGACUACCAGUACCAAAUGUGUUAAAUAUGCCUGGAGUGACGACGCAACAACAGCAGAUAGCAGAUCAAAUCGGUACAAUGUCUGGUUCAAUAAAUCAAACAACAGCAACUCAAAUACAAUCAGUUCGACCACAGCAAGAUGCACAGACACAACCACCGCGGAGUAUAGUUUGGAGGGGCGACUUGGAAUGGCAAGAGAAACCUAGAGGAGCUUCCCAGGACCCCUCAGCUAGAGUUACACGAUCAGUUGCUUGCAAUGUUAUUGCCAGUCAGGCUGAUAAUUUACAGGCAGAUAAGUGGCCUAAUAAACUAGUGAUGCAGCUGAUCCCCCAGCCACUGUUGCAUUCGCUUGGAACAUUAUUUCGCAACUCUCGAUCAGUAAUAUUUCAGUUUUCACCAAGCGACCAAGAAUCAUUGAAAUCUCUUUAUAGGAUAAUGGUUGGAGGAUUUGCGGGAUGUGUACAUUUCAACUCACCUCAGCAAUGUGAUGUUCGAGUAUUGAUGUUACUGUAUAUUCAAAAGAAGCGUCAAUUCAUCGGACUCAUACCAAACGAUCAACCCAGUUUUGUUAAUGGUAUCCGUACAGUGAUAACGAAUCAUAAGAACAAACAACAACAGAAACAUGCAGCAGAAUUACAGUUACAGAAGUUACAUCAGCAGCAGCAACACUUGCAGGCACAGGCUCAAGCGCAAGCACAAGCACAGACAUCGGGUUCAGUAACGGCAUUGCAGUAUACACAGCAAACACUGGCAUCUUCAUCAGCUGGGCAACAACCAUUACAACACAUUGGGGGUGGAGCGGCUACUGGAGCUUCCAUGCAGAACAUGACACUACCUUCCCAAGGGUCUGCAAGUGUUUUGUCAUCAAGUAUUCCUUCUCAACAACAACAACAACAGCAGCAGCAACCACAAUCACAACAACCAACACCACAACAACCGGGAUCUACAGGAAUGCCACACAACAUAAACAUUCAGUCUCAACGGGAAACUAACUUGAGGAAAAUACAAGCUCUCCAAAAAACUUUAGAAAUGGCGCAGAAAAAAGACAUGGAGUUAAAGCAGCAACAGGAGCGUCAGUUGAGGCAGUCACAGUUACUAGUGCAGAGACAACAAGUACAGAGAUUUCAGCCACAGCGGGGACAAACACCACAGAUGCCUUCCACGAAUCAGCAAUUGAGGCAUUUACUGCUUAACCAGCAACAACAACAGCAGCAACAACAGCAACAACAUCAGCAGGCAACUCAGUCAUCUGCUCAGCAGCAACAGCAACAAUCUGUCUCCUCCACGACAACACAGCAGCAGCAGCAACAACCAUGGCAACAACAGCAAUUCCUUCAACAGCAACAGUCGCAGCAAAUGCUUCUUGGCCAGCAGCAGAGAGCAAGACAGUUAGGUCUAACACAAACAAUACAACCUCAACAACAACAGCAACAACAACAACAACAACAAAGUAGUGGUCUUCUCGGAGAUGAAAUGAGUUUAUUUGACCUUUUAAAUCCUUAACAAAAUUAUCAAAUCCUACCCACCUUUUCUGUAUAUUUUUUGUUUAAAACUUUUAAAAAGUACAUUUCUUUUAAAAAAAAAGCUGCAGCUAAUCAACAAAAAACCAGAGCCAUUUUUGUGCUGUAUUUUUGUAAAUUUAUGUAAAGAUGAUUUAUUAUUCAUACCCUGCCAUUGUCAAGUUCAAUUGUCUUUCCACUUUAUAUAUUCAAUUUUAGAUUCAAAACAAGUUUUUUUUUUCAAGAAUAAAAAAGCAAGGAGCGUUUCUAUGGAAAAGUUAUUAUAAAUUAAUGCAUUUAUUUUAAGUUGCCAUGGUAUCCCAUUUUUAAAAUGUACAGCAAGGAUAUCUUUGUUUGUCACCAAUAAUACUGUAUGUGAUAAUCCUGUUCUGCUGUGUUCUUUUGGCACUACCAAUUUCUAUGUUUUGUAUUAAAGCGAGGGGGAAGUCACCUGUGCAUGUGUCAGAUGGCCAUAGCGUGUCAUUGUUUACAAACAAGCGUCUACCCAGUAGCCUUUGUGUUUUUUAGCGCGUGUUAUCGUUACUUGGAACUCAAUUCCUGCGCGUGUGCAGGCGACGACGCUCUCGCUUUAAAGUAUGCACUUAAAUGAUACUACCAUGUUUGGUCAUACAGUGUCCAUAUAUGGUACUCUCAUACCCAUUUUUGGUAAAGUUCCCCACUCAUCAUAGUCGUGCUUUCAAAAAAUUACAUUGUUUGUGUAUGGUAAACAGUAAUUAUGUGAAGAAUCACUGAAAACAUUUUACCUGUUCAUACACUAAAAUAUUUUGCAUCGUCAGAAAAUCAUUUUGUUGUCCAAAAACAGAAAUUAUGAUAUUUAUUAUAUGGUCUUUAAAGCAAUAAUAUAUCCUACCAGAAGUUCAUAUCUGAUGUGCUGAGCUGUUUCGCUUUUAUCUCCAAAAAGCAGGAAGGAUUUAACAAGCAGUAAAUUCAUUUUUCCAUGAUCGAGUCGCAGGAUUUUGGUUUUUUACAUGAAUAAAAUGCAUUGGUCAAUUCAAAACUUGAACAUACAUACAUACAUGCAGAAAUUGAUAUGCAAAUAAAUGGUGGUACCCAGCAACGACAAUAAGAUGUGACCCAGUUUAGUUUGUACUUUUGGAAACUUCAUCUGUGUUCUACCUUUGGUAGUAUCUUGAAUUAAAAACCAUAGUAACAAGAAUUGAUAAUUACCACUGAACUGCGUUAUUUAGAAAUUUUUUUUGUUCUUGCGUACUUUUUUGGUACCAGAUUGUAUUAAAAGAUUCUUAUGGAAAGCUGAGAGAAUUAUUAAAUUUUAAAUCAUUUUAUCAA